AUGGCCGAGUCCAAGGCCGUGCCCUGGUGGAGGUGCUGCUUGCUCUACCUUGCCUCAGGCUCGGCAUGGGUCACGUCCAUCCCGUUGCUGAUGCUGGCCCUUGGAGGGUCACUGCAGCCGCAUAUGGGAUGGUGCAAGUCGCUGCUGACGGCGGUUUCCAUGUUCGCCGUCCUGGUUCAGGUCGACCAGCUCUUCGCUACUGUGGCCGUUGUCCUCGUCUCCUUUUCCUCCGCGCUGCUGGCACGGGCAGGGCCGGCCUUCUUGCUUGCCGCAGUGGCGUCUUGGAUGACGCUGCUCAACGCUCGGCGGCGCGUCUGUGCGCCCAGCCCCAAGCUCCUGGAGUUCCAGUACCAGGGCUACCAGGGCUACCACCAGCGCAGCGAGCUGCGCUUUGACGAUGAGGAGGCCUUGGGCUCUGAGAAAGCGGGCGGCCGCUUCUUCGCCUGCCACCCGCACGGCAUUCUCUCCGUGGGGUUUUGCUCAAACGUUGUCUGGGGCCGCAAGUUUCAUGAGGUGGUUGGUCACUGCAAGUAUCUCAUCGAUCCCACCUUGCGGAACAAGGGCUUGCUGGCCAAGUUCUUCUUGGAUGCCUUCGAGGGACCGCAUGGAGCCAUUCGCGACACUCGAGCAGCGACGAUCCAGGAUCUCAUGGAGAAGGGCGAGUCCAUCUCCAUGACUCCCGGUGCCUACCAAGAGGCGCCCGCCCGGGGGGGCGGCAAUCUCUUUUUGGCUCUCCUCGUUUGGAUAACACCGGAAGUCACAAAACAGAAAGUUUCGGCCUGGGGGGGGCUGUCCUGGCUGCCCACAUGGUUUGAAGCCUUCCGGUUCCUCAUCUGA